AUGGUUCUGGUACGAGACGCAUCUGGCUCUCGAGCCGCAAAGCUCAUCAAGACAUUCUGGGCCGUCAUUAAAGGCGAACAACAAAUCACGACUGCACACUCCGCAAAGUUGUUUGUACAGGCUUGUGAGAUCUACAGUAGCAAGAACUCGCCCGUCAAAUUUGUCGAGGUCCUUAUCUCAAACCCUGCCGGUAUCGCGGCGUUGGAGCGAGUAGUCCGCGUCGACUUGACUUUUAGCUUCAUAAAUACCACUGCCUUGCCAUUCCUCCUAACGUUAUCGGAUGAGGGUGUUGCUGCUCUCAGCAACGGCGGAUUUCUUCGCCAGAUGUUAAAGGCCAUUCUGGAGCCAUCGACCUUUUGGACUGCUGCAGUCGGCGCUUACCACAGUGACAAACUUGACAAUGUCGGCCUUGAAGCAUUUGCCUGGCUGUGUCUACAAAUUGUCUCGGAUCAAACCAGCUUCGACUCCCACAAGGCCGCAGUCAAAGAAUUGAUGGAUAGCAAGUCUCUUCUCAGCUCAGGCUCGCCCGAAGUGAGGAAGAUUGCGUACCGCAUCGAGAAGAUCAUCAAGAUCUUUGCCCAGCCCGAGAUUGCAUCCAGCGGAAUCACACCUGGAGGACGCCACGACAACGAUCAUGCCAAUUUCCGCAAUAUCUCAAUUUAUCCGACCUCUGAUGAACUUCUCUCAAGCGAUCCUCCAUAUCUCCAACGACUGGGAGAUGUCUUUGACACGCCGAUUGAGACCCGAAGCCAAAGUUACCGCGAUUGGCUCUUUCGUUUGCUUCGCGAGGACAUGCUCUCUGAACUCCGAGAAGACCUACAGGUCGCCAUGAGUCAGAAGAAGAGCAAGCGUCGUCCUGUUGCUUUGGGGCAGUUGAGAUUGGUUGGCAUCAAUAACGACCAUGACAUUGACACCAAGCACAUCCCUCCAUAUGCUCUUUACGUCGCGUGUCAGCAGGGCAUCACUUUUCCGCAUAAACUGCCGAAAGGCGGUAAGAAGACGUUCCUAACAGAGUCGAAGAACUUCAUGAAGAAUGACUCUUUUGGUGCGCUCUGUUGCAACGGCACCAUCAUCGCGUUUGGGUCGCUUGUCAGAGACGUCGCGAACCUUCUCAAGACACCACCCAUUGUUGGCAUCAGAUUCAACGAUGGUUCUGGGCUCAAGAAAGCCAUUGAUGUCCUUCAAAGUCCAUUUAAGGACCAAGUAAAUUUUUUCAUCGUCGACACCGCUACUUUUGCUUUCGAACCGAUCCUCAAACGAUUGAAGACCAUCGCCGAGUUGCCUCUUGAAGCUCAAUUGAUCGACUCCGAUCAACCUUCUGGGGACGGGCCGAGAUCGACGACAUUGAACGCCUUGCUUCACAAGCUCAAGGAGGCUUUGGCUUCAGAGCGCAGUUAUCAAAUGCCUUCUGGUUUAAGACUAAAAAAAGAGAUAAAACUGCAGGGUGCUCAGCUCAAGUCCUUUAUUCACGGCAUCAGCAGCAACUUGGCUCUAAUUCAAGGUCCGCCUGGCACGGGAAAGUCGUUUCUGGGCGCGCUCAUUCUGUUGACCAUUCUGCGAUUGACAAAAUCGCGUAUUCUUGUGCUGAGCUAUACUAAUCAUGCCCUGGAUCAGUUUAUGGAGGAUCUGAUGGACAUCGGCAUCAGCUCAGACCAGAUGGUUCGUCUGGGUUCCAAGUCUACUGAAGCCACCAAACCCACUCUUCUGAGAGAAUACGACGGCCAAAAGAAGUAUUGGUUGAAGAUGGAGGAGAAGAAUAUCCUCAAUACCCUUCGCGUUGAAGAAACGAGUCUCAGCUCGGAGCUUCAAGAAUGCAGCAGAAAGCUCGCUGCACGAGAGGCUGAUCCGGCUGAUAUCCUGGAACACCUUGAGCUUUCCGAGAACUUCAGCAUCGCAUGGGAAGCGUUUCAGGUACCUGAAGAUGAUGGUUUCAAGAUGGUUGGCUCGGACGGUAAAGAGAUUGACCCGGAGGGCGUUUACCAGCAAUGGCUGAACGGCGGUGAUGUCAAUCGUCUCGGACACCUCAGCAUGGCUCUGGACCCGAGAGCCCGCGCUGUCUGGAAUGCGCCACUGGCUGUGAGAAGGCAAUGCCAUUAUGAGUGGUCUCAAAUGGUUCGUGAGGAGCAGAGCGCCCGGUUCGUUGAACUGAGCAAGCGAUUCAGUGAUGUGAGGACUGAGAUUAAGAGUAUCCUUGACGAGCGCGGACGAAGAGUCCUCAAGGAUAAACAGAUCAUUGCUUGCACAACAACCGCUGCAGCAAUGUAUCAGUCAAUCAUUGAAACCGCCAACCCCGACGUCAUUCUGGUUGAAGAAGCGGGAGAGAUCCUCGAAGCUCAUAUUAUUACAGCUAUGAGCGCCUCUGUCAAGCAACUCAUACUCAUCGGAGACCACAAACAACUCAGACCAAAGGUCGGCAAUUACUUGUUGACAAAGGAAAAAGGCGAGGGCUACGAUCUGAAUGUGUCGCUCUUUGAAAGGCUUGUUAUUCAGGGUCGCCAUUUCACAGCCCUUGAAGAGCAGCAUCGCAGUCAUCCAGACAUCUCACAAUACCCUCGCAUGCUAGCCUAUCCUGAACUAAAAGACAUGCCAACGACUUCCGAUCGUCAGCCAAUCCGAGGAUUGAAGAGUCGCGUUACAUUUGUGCAUCACGAACGACCAGAGGAUACCAUGGACGAUGUCGCUGAGCGCCGGGACCCUACGGCCAAAGCCAGCAAAAGAAACCUCCACGAGGCUAUGAUGGUUCUCCGAAUGGUUCGCUAUUUAUCGCAGAACGGAUACAAGACCGAGAACAUGGUUGUUCUAACGCCGUAUCUGGGCCAAUUGUUCCUUUUGAAGGAGACUCUUCGGAAGGAGAUGGAUCCUUGGCUGAAUGAUGUCGACAACCAUGACCUGGUGCGUGCGGGACUGGUCACGCAGGCGGCUGCCAAAGUGAACAAGAAGCCUCUACGCCUCUCGACAAUUGAUAACUACCAAGGAGAAGAAUGCGACAUCGUCAUAGUCUCACUAACACGCAGCAACGCAUCGGGAGAUAUCGGCUUCCUGUACGCUCGUGAACGACUCGUUGUCCUUCUAUCACGCGCCCGAAACGGCAUGAUCCUCUUUGGCAACAUGGAGACAUUCAUGAAGAGCAAGAAGGGCGGUAAAAUGUGGACGCAGUAUUUUGACGCGCUGAAGCAGAAUGACUCCAUUUUCGAUGGAGUUCCUAUUCACUGCGAGCGCCACCCUGAGACGUCCAUGUUAUUGAAGCUGCCGGAAGACUUUGAUAAGAAGUGUCCUGAUGGAGGAUGUGCUGAGCCCUGUAAUGCCCCAUUGAGCUGCGGCAAACAUAAAUGCCAGCGACGCUGCCAUCGGGUCCAAAACCACUCCAUGAUCCCAUGCUUUGCCAAAGUCGAGAGAACCUGCGAUAAAGGCCAUAAGACCAAGGUCCCAUGUGGAGACAAGUCCAAGACCUGCGCGACUUGCACGACAGAAUACGAAGACAACCAGCGACGUAUCAAACGCGACCUCGAACUCGAACGAACGCGCCAAGAAGCACAGGACAAGUAUCGCCUGGAGCUACAAGAGAUCGAGGAUGAGAUUGAUCAUCGCCGUCGAACUAUGAAGUACGAGUCUGAGGAGAAGAAGCAAGCAGACGAGCUCAAACAGAAGAAGGAAGAACUCGAAUCUCUUCGACAAGCGGAAAGCAACAAGAAGAAGAUCAAGGCGACCCAGAAAAAUAGCCCGCCGCCUCAGACUGCUCCUCAGUUUGGUCCUAUAUCCGGUGCAGCCAAUGAGUGGAAGAACAUGAAAGAGGUAGAAGGUGCACGCAACGCCGCUUUGGAUAAGCUGAUGGGAAUGAUCGGUCUCGAGUCUGUCAAAGACCAGAUACUCUCGAUCAAGUCCACAGUCGAUACCAAGAUACGCAAGACAACAGUGGCCAGAAUAUAUGCAGAGUUCCUCACGACGGUCGGUGCUAUUGCAGGAAGCUGCUUCAAAGAAGUCACUGGAUCUAAACUCGCCAACAUGGGUGUCACCGGCUGUGAGAAGCUUAUCGAGGAUGUCAACAACAAUGGCGGCGGCUGCGUCUUCAUCGACGAAGCAUACCAGUUGUCAUCUGGCAACAGUCCCGGCGGCAAGGCUGUGCUGGAUUAUCUUCUGGCAGAGGUCGAGAACCUAAGAGGAAAGGUCGUGUUUGUCUUGGCAGGGUAUAGUAAGGAGAUGGAGUCCUUCUUCUCCCACAAUCCCGGCAUUCCCAGUCGAUUUCCCAUCGAGAUGAAGUUCGAGGACUACACGGACAGAGAACUCCUCCAAAUCCUUCAGCUCCAGAUUCAUCGCAAGUUUCAGGGUAGGAUGGCUGCUGAGCAAGGGACUGACGGGCUGUUCUGCCGGAUUGCUGUACGUCGGGUUGGCCACGGUCGCGGGAAGAAUGGUUUCGGAAAUGCACGCGCUGUGGAAAACUGUCUCCAGAAGAUCAGUCAACGACAAGCAGCACGUCUCAGGAGGGAACGUCGAGCCAGCAAGAAGCCAAAUGAUUUGCUCCUCACCCGAGAAGACAUCAUUGGACCAGAACCUUCCGAGGCUUUGCUGAGCAGCAAGGCUUACAGAGAGCUCAAGUCCCUGAUCGGCUUGCAGGAAGUCAAAGAUGCACUCGGUGUGCUCAUGGACACAUUGAGAACAAACUAUGAGCGCGAGCUUGCAGAGCAGCCUCUAGUAGAGUUCUCGCUGAACAAGGUUUUCUUGGGGUCACCCGGCACUGGAAAAACGACUGUCGCAAAGCUCUACGGAGAGAUCCUCAAAGAUUUGGGCUUGCUUUCUAACGGGGAGGUCGUUACCAAGAACCCAGCUGAUUUUGUUGGAGCUGCUCUUGGCCAGUCAGAGGCUCAGACCAAGGGUAUCCUCGCCGCCACUGUCGGAAAGGUUCUUUUGAUCGACGAAGCAUACGGACUUUAUGGAGGAGGAGGCGUAAACGGCUCUGUCAUUGAUCCCUACAAGACGGCUGUUAUCGACACCAUCGUCGCAGAGGUUCAAAGCGUACCAGGCGAAGAUCGAUGCGUCCUCCUGCUUGGAUACAAGGAGCAGAUGGAGGAGAUGUUCCAGAACGUGAACCCUGGUCUCAGUCGACGCUUUCCCAUCUCGUCUGCCUUUGUCUUUGAAGACUUUGAUGAUGUUGCUUUGGCAAAGAUUCUGGACCUGAAGCUGGGCAAGUCAGGCUUCAAAGCAACAACCAAGGCCAAGGUUGUCGCACUGGACGUCCUGCGUCGUGCAAGAAACCGCCCAAACUUUGGAAAUGCGGGCGAAAUCGACAUCUUACUUGGAAGAGCCAAGGCGAAUCAUCAAAAACGUGUAUCAUCUGGCCAAGUCAAGAGACACGGAACCUUGGAGCCCAUCGACUUUGACCAAGACUUUGACCGUGCCGAAAAGGGUGAUACCGACGUCAAGAAAUUGUUCGAGGGCGACGUUGGGCGUGACCGUCUGAUAUCAAUCCUUCAAGGUUACCAGACCCGCGUGCGUCAGGCCAAACAACUGGAGAUUGACCCGGAAAUCCCCUUCAACUUCCUUUUCAGAGGUCCACCUGGAACAGGAAAGACAACAGCUGCGCGCAAGAUGGGCCAGGUAUACUAUGAUCUGGGCUUCUUGGCUAGUACGGAAGUCAUUGAGGUUUCUGCUACUGAGCUCAUCGGCCAAUAUGUUGGACAUACUGGGCCAAAGGUACAGCAGCUCCUGGAUAAAGCUUUGGGGCGGGUUCUUUUUAUUGACGAAGCUUAUCGACUUGCUUCCGAGAGCUCGUUUACCAGAGAGGCUGUCGAUGAGCUUGUGGAUUGCGUCACGAAGCCAAAAUAUCACGGCAAGCUUAUCAUCAUCCUUGCUGGCUACGUACAGGACAUCAACACUCUGCUGGGCAUCAACCCAGGAAUGUCUAGUCGUUUCCCAGAAAGCAUUGACUUUGACCCCCUCACUCCUGCUAGCUGUAUUCAGUUGAUGACCAGUCAAUUGCAAGAUAGCAAAGCCAAACUCAAGGGAAAGAUACCAGUGGACCUGUCGGGUUUGGAGCGUCCUGAGAGGGGAUUCUUGAUGGAGCUGACCAACAAGUUCGAGGAACUGUCGAAGCAGGAUAGUUGGGCGAAUGCGAGAGAUGUCAAAGAACUUGCCAAGAAGAUGUUUCACAAGUUUGAUCUAUCUUCUAAAAGUCUGAGACUUACCGAGGAGCUCGUACGCGGCACUAUAGACGACAUGAUGGCGGAGCGUCGAGGCCGAAUGACGGACAAGAAACCUACUGCUGCAAGUGAGAUCGCCAAAGCACUCAAUGACAUGCCUUUAUUCACACCACCUACAACGACAACCAACGUCACCACAGUUACUGAGGAACAAGAGGAGGAAGAACCAGAAGAAGAGCUCCUAGACAUCACUGUUCCGCAAGGCAUCCGAGACGCCGGAGUAAGCGAUGAAGUCUGGGAGCAGCUCCAAAGGGACAAAGAGCAAGAGGCCAAAGAUGAAGAAGAAUUUCGUCGGCUCAAAAAGGCCCAGCAGAAUGCAAGUGACGCUGACAGAGAGAAGCUGGUACGUAAGAUACUGGCUGAGGAGGAGAAACGGAAGAAGAUUGAGGCGAGAAAGGCAAAGUUGAUGAAGAUGGGAGUGUGUCCGGCUGGAUUUCAGUGGAUCAAGGAGAGUGCCGGGGGGUUUAGGUGUGCAGGAGGUUUGCAUUGGAUGUCUGAUGGGGAUGUUGAUAAGUUGUAA